AUAAAUUGUACUACAUAAGAUCUAGAAAUAUCAUAAAACUAAGAUUUAUAACAUUAGGAAUUAAGAAAUAAUAAUGAUAUUUUACGCAAUACUUAUUAUUAGUAUUUAGUAACUUCAAAUUUUUAAGUUCGCAUACCAGGUCAGAGAAACAUUUCGAUAUAUCGAUGAGAUUCAAAGGACUAUUAUGCAGCUGUACUUAUUUUAAGUCGAUGGGCCAAGGUUCUAGUUAAACAUAUAAACACAACUAUGAUGCAUACAAUUUCUGGUAUAUUAGGAUGUGAUGUAGAAAGGAUAUUGGUUUUAUAUAAUCCAAGAGGGAAAUGAUUUUGGAUAUUAUCGUAUAUAAAGAAAAUUUAUGAAUAUAUCUCUACUAUAAAUUUGUUCAUUGAUGAGGUUUAUAAGUGUUUUAAGUGAAAUAAAAAAUGGUAAAUGAAGAAGUAGUGGAAUUUAAUAAGAAAUCACAACCAGUUUACAAGAAUCCAAUUUUUCAACAGAAAUUUCGAUCUACUAGUACCACUGGAAAGAAACGGACUUGGCGCUCAUUAAAACAAGUGCUGGCUCAAGAACGCACUUUACCAUGGCCUGUAGAAGUAGUGCAUUAUAGUUCUAUUAAUGCACCGCCAAGCUUCAGGCCAGCAAAGAAAUAUUCUGAUAUUUCUGGGUUACCCGCACGAUAUACAGAUCCACAAACUAAAUUAUACUAUGCAACGGCAGAAGAAUUUGCAACAGUCCGAAGUCUACCAAUGGAUAUAACUGCUGGAUAUUUAGCAUUGCGCGGCGCUUCCAGUAUCGUUGGAUAAAUGAAAGGAGAAUUUUAUUUUCUAUGAUUUCCUUAUAUUUAAAUAGUAUAAAACACGGAUAUUUUAUUUUGUAAUUGUUAUGGUACUUAUUAAAGAAUAAUGAAAAAUUAAGUAUAAUUCGGAAAAUUAAACAAAAAAGUGUAAACAAAGAUAUAUCGAGCUUAAAAAGAGACAAAAUAAAGCUGUUUGCACUAA